UUAACGAUAACAAAAAAAUCCAUUACUGAUUUCGAUUAAGUGAUAAUUAUCAUUCGGAUCAAUCCGUUGAUAUCAAUUUAUGUUAAAUUGUUGAUGUUUAUUUAUGGCAGAUAGAACAAACAAACAUGUCAACAAGUGAAAUUUUGCAACAAUUGGAAACAUGUGCCCAGAUUCUUAUGGCACCUCCAAACAACAUUAGUGCCACUGAUCGAACAAAAGCUGAAGAGGUAUUCCUAAAUUUUCAAAAAACCAAAGCUCCAUUCAAACUAUGUCGAGAAAUGAUGGAAAUAACACAAAAUCAAUUUGUAUUGUUUCAAAUUGGUGCUUGCCUUAAAUGUGCCAUCAUUCGUGAAUGGUCAUUGUUGGGUGUUGAACAAUCAAGUGCCUUGUUUAAUUAUCUUUUCGAUUAUGUAAAUCGACGACCAUUAGACCAGUAUGUUGUCGAAGAAAUGAUGUUGGUCAAUGCCAUCAUACUUAAACGAAUAGACAUUGAAGAAUUAUCAAAAGAUCAAAGUGAAACAUCAAAAACAAUGAUUGCAUCGCUUUUCAUUAUAAUCAAAAAUCCUGCAGCAUCCGUUCAAAUGAGAAUUAAUGCUUGUACGGCUAUCAUUCGUAUUCUUAGUGAAUAUUCUACAUUAAGUUAUAAUUCGGAUUAUGGUCUAUCCUGGUAUUCACAUCUGAAUGCCAAACGAUCGUUUGAGAAACGUAAUUUAAAAGAUAUAUUCUCUGGCGCCAUUGAAGUUUUAUAUGGGCAGAUAAAAAUGCCUGAAGAAAUACGAAGAUCAAAUGAUAAUAUAAAAUUGAGUGCUAAAUUAAUUCGUAUUUGUGAAAUGGUUCUCACCUGGAACAUGGAAUCAUUCUCAUUUAUAACUGGUUAUUUCAUUAAAGCGCGUGAUCGUAUCGAAAGUCAAAUGUUUAAUCCACCAAAUGAUUGGUUCAAAUUUAUUAUUGAUGGCAAUCUGAUUUCAUUUUUCUUUGAAAUGUAUCUCAGUUUUCGAUCGAUCGAUCCGAAUCUAUUACACAGCUCAUUAACUUGUUUAACACAAUUGAGUACAAUGGUUUGCAUCCGUCAUGAAAUGUCAUUGCGAGUAAAAUUCUCUGAAACAUUCAUGCAGAAUACAAUUUCAUUGUGUAAUAUGAUCAUGGAUGUCAUAUCACUUCAUGAAGUACAGUUUCUGUCCAAUAUGUUCAAUUCAAUCUGUAUUUAUCUUCGUAGCCAUGUGGUCAUUGAUGAAUGUAAUCCAGCACUGACUAAACAAUUCAUCGAUACAAUGAUUAAAUUUACUUGUAAAGUCUUACUCGAAUCGGUAAAGAUUAAAACACGUUUCGAUGAAGAUGAUUUUGAUAAAUGUAAUCAAUCAAUUGAAUAUCUAAUGAAUUCAGUGAUGAUCAUCGUCAAACUUACCCAUUACGACCGUCGUAUGCACGAAGAAGUACAUGGACCAUCGCUUAAUCAAAAUGAACAAAUCACUCUGCAGGAAUUAUGUUUAUGGACCAAACCAUUGUUUGAAACAUAUUUACGUGUACAUCUCAGUGAACCCGAAGGUCUACUUUCAUUGGCAUGUUUUAAAGAUGAUGAUGAAAUUCAAGAAUUCGAAGAAGAUGAUAUUGGUAAAUUUCGUGAACAAAUGAUUGCCAUUGGUUCAAUUGGUCAGGUUGAUCUUCGUAGUACGAUAGACACGAUCACACAGUUGAUGAUUAUGAAACUUCAACAAUUUGAAGCCUGUAUUACGGCAAUGAACAUGAAAGCUGAAGAUAAAAUGUUACAAUGGAUGCGAAUUUCCGAAGAUAUUCAUUGGAUUUUGAUGAUAUCCACUUAUAUAUUCACAUCAUAUGCUGAAAAUGAUAUUCCUACCGAAGUAGUUGACCUAUCUAUUAAGGCUAGUGCUGAUAUACAAGCUACAAUGGCAGCAUUACAGAAUGGUGAUUUUACUCGUCCUAAUAUUGAUCCAGUUGUACGUUAUUUUAUCGUCAUACUUAAAUUAGUACAAAUGGAAAAACAGUUACUGGAAAAUAAUAUGAUUCAAUGGGUAUCACCUCAAGUGUCAUAUACUUUGACAUAUUUUGUAUCUCGUUUUCUGCACAUCUAUCUCGUACCACCCGAAUAUGAAAGUGAUCAAAGUGUCAUGAGUCUGUCGCUCAAUUCGUGUUUCGGUGCCGAUUCUCCAAAUGUAAAAAAUUUGAUAAAUUUUUUUCUCGAUCAUAUGGAAACAAAAUUCUUAACCAUGAGCAGCGAGACACAAGUGUUAGAAUUAUCUAGCGAAGGUUUGCGUGUAUUCUGUGAAUUUCGUGAUCGUAUUAAACUGUUGCAUGAAUGUGCAAGCUUACAUCGUUUAUUGCAACGUUUUCCGAUUGAUCCAAAUUUUCGUAAACUAAACAGUGCAGUUCGCCGUGAUAUGUACAAUGUAUUCAUCAUUGUAUUUGCUCAAAACCAAGAUGUAGUCAUUGAUCCGUUGAUAAAUUUGUAUCAAACAUUUCGUGAACAUUUACGUGCUGGACAGCGAGAAUUGAUUCAGGAAGAAUUUCUUAUUAUUGUUGAUUUUACAAUGGGCAUAUCAUCUGGAACAACUUCAAAUACAUUCAAUCAUGUAUGGCGAAAAUUUCUACUACCAUUCUAUAACGAAUUGCCCGAAGUGUUAAGAGUGAUGCACAAGUGUAGCAUUGUUGUUCAAGCUAUUUUAGAACUAUUAUUUCAUUUAUCAACAUGUUUUUCUAUUUAUUUCAAAGAAGAAGAUAGUCUUGCAUUCUAUAAAACGGCCGUUGCCAUAUUUACUGAAUAUGCUUUGCAUACAAAAGAUACAUUUUCAUUAGAUGCAACACGUUUAGAAGAAAUGCAAGCAGAAUUCAUUUCGAUUCUUAAAUUUUUGAAUGAUCUCUCCAAUCAGGAUAUAUUUUUAUUUUUUACCAAUCCAUCAUUAACAUCAUCAUUAAAUCAGACCAUUGGUCAAGUUGUUAUUACAUCAUUAAAUAUAAUCAUGCCAUUGAUGAAUGAUCAACUGUUGGAGAAUCAACGACUUUGUGCCUUGUAUUAUAAAUUAUUAGAAUUCAUAUCGCAAGAUACGGAUCGUUUUAAAGGAUUUCCGAUCAAAUUAUUUGAAAGUUAUUUAAAAUGUGUGGAAUAUGCUUUCAGAGCUAACAAUAUCCCAAAUGAAAUCAAAGCAAUUGGAUUCAAAAUAUUGGUCCAGUUGGGAUAUCAAACGGCUGAAUCAUCGGAACCAUCUGAAGAAAUUUUGAAAUUUUUACGACCUUUUUUUCAGAUUAUUAUCGAAUUUAUAUUUUGUGAAUUGGUACGCAAUAAUGAUCUGAUAUUAAGAGAUGCUGUGGCCAUGGCUUUAUAUUCUUUGGUUCGGUGUUUUCGACAAUCAUAUCAGGACAUUAUAAGAGAAUUGAUGCGAUUCAUCAAUGAUCCCCCUAUUGAAGAUCGAAUCUGCAGAACAUUAUUUAGUAUCGUUGAAGAGGUUGGCCUCAACAGUCGUUAUAAUGCAGCCAGAUUGACAUUCAAAAAACGAUUUUCCGAAUUCAUUAAUCAAUUACAUUCAAUGUUAACGCUACGAUAAUAUAAUUUAUAUUUUGAUAUAUUUUUUCCCCUCAAAAAAAUUAACACCUACACAAUGAUACUAUCCUUGUGUGAAAUAUUAAUUGAUGUU